UGGUUGUGAAGGAUAUCCAUAUCUACUUUGCAAUAAAAAUAAUAACAAGAAACAAGGAAUACGAAUUCACUUUACUGUAAUUUUGAUCGGAUUUGACCUUGACCUUGACCUUGGCAUCAAAUUUCUUUCACCACAGCCUUUCAUUCUUUCCGGAAAACCCAUCUGAAAUAGUGUUUCCAAUGGCAGAGGGCAUUUUGUUCGAUCUUGCUGGAAAACUGUUGGAGGGUCUGGGAUCAUUAGCAGCAGAAGAGCUUGAAGCGGCAUUGGGUUUGAAGGAGGAAAUGGAAAAGCUGCCCAAAACUGGUUCGGCUAUCAGAGCAGUGCUACGUGAUGCGGAAGAUCAGCGCAACAGAAAUAAUCACCAAGUACGUCUCUGGCUGGAAAAUCUUAAGGAUGUGCUUUACGAUGUGGAAGACUUGUUGGAUGAGUUCACUUGUGAUGCUCUUCGACAGAAAAUAGUGGCAGGCGAUGGCAAGCCGAAAAAGGUACGCCUUUUCUUCUCGACAUCAAACCAACUUGCUUAUGGUCUCAAGAUGGCUCCUAAAGUUAAAGCCAUUAGAGAGAGACUAGAUGCAAUUGCAGCUGAUAAAGCCAAUUUUCAGCUAAGUGACUGCCCUGUAGAGACACCAAUUGAAGUUAGGGAGAGGGACCAAACAUAUUCCUUUGAGCUUUCUGAAGAAAUAAUUGGGAGAGAUUAUGAUAAAAACAAAAUUGUACGACUACUGCUGAAAUCAGAACCAGAACAAAAUGUUUCAAUUGUUCCCAUAAUAGGCAUCGGAGGACUAGGAAAGACCACGUUAGCAAAAAUGGUGUUCAAUGAUGAAAAGCUUGGAGAUCAUUUCGAGCUAAAAAUGUGGGUUUGUGUUUCGGAAAAGUUUGAGUUAAAGGUCAUUGUAGAGAAAGUCAUUGAGGCUGCGACUAAGACAAAGCCUGAAAGGGACCUUCAGCUGGAAACACUGCAACAUCAUCUUCGAGACAGCAUUAAACGAAAGAAGUACUUGCUGGUUCUUGAUGAUGUGUGGAAUGACGAUCCUGAGAAAUGGCGCAAUUUACGGAAUCUGCUAUCAGGUGGUGCGAGAGGAAGUUGGAUUGUUGUCACUACACGCAAUAAAUUGGUUGCAGACAUCACAGGCACUGUUUCACCACAUAAUCUUCGAGGUCUGUCUAGAAGUGAAUCUUGGUCUCUGUUGAAGCAAACGGCCUUCAAAGAAGAGAGUCGAGAAUCUAAUAAUUCACGAAUAGAAGCGAUCGGAAUGGAGAUUGUAGACAAGUGUAAAGGGGUUCCUCUUGCCUUAAGGGCAAUUGGAAAAGUAUUAUAUAAACGUACAGAAGCAGAAUGGGUAAAGGUGAAUAAAAAUGUACAUAAAUACCUUACUCAUGAAGAAGAAGGUAUCAUGCCAAUAUUGAAGUUGAGUUAUGACCAUCUUCCAUCGCAUUUGAAACAAUGUUUUGCUUACUGCUCUUUAGUCCCAAAGGAUACUUCGUUUUCGGUGCCAAUGUUGAUCCAGCUUUGGAUGGCCUUAGGGUUUGUCCAGCCCCUAAGUGAAGACGAAGAUCUUGAAGACACCGGCUAUGAGUAUUUCAAGGAUCUGGUUUGGAGAUCAUUUAUUGAUUGUGAAUCAAUGGAUUAUUUAGGUAAGAGUUGGUUCACAAUGCACGAUCUCAUGCAUGAUCUUGCCUGCUCUGUUGCUGGGAAAGAGUAUUGCAUCGUGAGUUUGGAAGAAGAAAAUGUAAGUGAAAGAAGUCGCCAUGUUUCAUUUGACAAUUCCUCUGCGGAAAUGGGGAACACCCUCCUUAAAGCAACCAAAGUGAGGUCUUUUGCUGGAAAUAUGGAUUUGCCAUUGUAUCAACAGAAUUAUAUGGCUUCCAUAGCCAAUUAUAAAUAUCUGCGCAUGCUGAAUUUGUCUGGCUCAGAUAUUAAGAUGUUACCGCAUUCCAUUGGAAACUUGAAGCAUCUAAAGGCUCUUUAUCUUUCUGGAAAUAGAUAUCUAUUAAAAUUGCCUAGUUCAUUGUCGAGGCUUCAACUCUUGGAAACAUUAGAUCUCAAUGGGUGCAGUAACUUUAGAACAUUGCCUAACAAAACAAGCAGAUUAGUCAGCCUCAAGCAUCUUGUAAUUGAUGGUUGUCAUAAAUUGGAUUAUAUGCCACGUGGACUAGGGAAACUAACUCGCCUGCAAACAUUACGUUGGUUUGUUGUGGGGAGAACAACAGGUAAGAAUGUUGGUCAGUUAAGCGAGUUAAAUGGGCUGAACAAACUUAAAGGAGAGCUGCAUAUUUUAGGUUUACAAAAUGCUAUUGCGAAACAUGGAUCUACUUACUUGAAAGACAAAUUGAAUUUGAAAUCCUUAGUAUUGGGGUGGGGGUGCAGGGGAGGUGAGGAUGAAACGGUUCUUGAAUGCAUCCAACCACACCCAAAUCUAGAGAAGCUGAGCGUGAUAGGGUAUCCAGGAAGCAAGAUGUCAAGCUGGCUGUCUUCCGUCACGAAUUUAAGUGAACUAAUAUUAUACGGUUUUGCAAAUUGCCAGCAUCUGCAACCAUUGCAUCAGUUGUAUUCCCUCAAAGUUAUUAGGCUUUCAAGAUUAGAAGCUUUGGAAAUUGUUUCGGAGACUGAAAUGCAAGAGGAGUUGGUUUCGGGGAAAUCAACAACAACAUUUCUUCCAUCCUUGGAAGAACUAGAGAUAAAUGAUUGCCCAAAUCUUAAAGGAUGGUGGAAGGGUGAUGUUGGUGAAGCUUCAAAUCCACACUUGCCGUGCUUUCCUUGCCUUUCACAUUUAAUUAUCAAGCAUUGCCCUAAUCUAACCACUAUGCCAUUGUUUCCAUCUGUUAAAACGUUGAAGUUGAAGAAUACUAGCUCAAAGCCAUUUCAAGAGACAAUGAAGUUGAAGAUGACCAAAAUAGAAGCACCAUCAUUAUCAACUCUACAUCCUCUCUCCAAACUGGUAUCUCUGGAAAUUGAUGAGGUCAAAGAUCUACAUUCUCUACAAGAGGAGUUUCUGCAAAACCUAACUUCUCUUCAGACAUUGAUGAUUAGGGAAUGCAUUAACUUGACAUCAAUGCCAGAGGGGAUGCCUGGUCUCACCUCUUUGAACCACUUGGAAAUUAUUGAUUGUCCCCAAUUAUCGAAAAGAUGCCAAAGGAAUACUGGUCUGGACUGGCCUAAAAUUGCUCACAUUGAACGCAUUCGGAUUGAAGAGGGAGGCAUUGUGGAACAUUACAGGGGUUCCAGAGCAAAUUGAUUCAGCCAAUCUAGUUUACGCAUCAUUAUGGAAGCAGAAUUGGCGGGGUAUCGGUUGAUGAAGAGGAAGAAGCAGUAUUACAAGUACCGGUUGAACCGAAUACAGAAAGAGGAAUGGGGGUUUGUCAACUGAUGGGGUGUUUUCUGACAGCAAGCAUGAUUCACCUCCCAGCUAUGAAGAGCACAAUGACAAAUUUAUGACAUCUGGUUCAGGGGGUUCAAAUCUGAAAUCUGGGGGAGAAAAAGUAUUUAUUUCAAUUUUUUCAAUAUCAUGGAUUUGGAGAGAGUGAUAAAGGGUUCACCAUGGACUUUUAAUAAUCACUUAUUGGUUCUACAUAGGCUGCAAUGGGGGAGGAUCCUUUGAAAGUCCCUUUAACUUUUUCCCCUUUUUGGGUACAAUUACAUGAUGUUCCUGUUGGUUUUUUCUCGGAAAAUCUAGCAGUUCAAAUGGGCAAUUUUAUAGGAACUUUCAUGGAGUAUGAUAGUUCAAAUCUGGGAAAACAAAACAGUAAUUUUAUUGGAAUAAGAGUCCAGAUUGAUGUAUGACGGCCUUUGAAGAGGAAAAAACAAAUUAUGUAUUACGUAAAGUGUUCCUAUGUCAGAUUUAAAUAUGAAAGAUUAUCACUAUUUUGUUUCUAUUGUGGACAACUGGACUAUAGUGACUCUUUUUGCGAUGCAAAGAUGGCUUUAGGAGUGGAAAUUGUUGAAAUGGGAUGGGACUUAUCUUUAAAGGCACAAUCAUGUCGAGCUAGAACGAUGAAUAGUGUGUGGCUACGGGAAGAAGGAGAGAGGGAGUGGGGUGAAAGUAAGGAGGGAAGACAAAUUUUGGGAAAUAAUUUGAGGGAUUUAGGGCCAAGUAUAGGCAGCAGAAAUAAUGUAGAUCCCAUAAUUAACUUGGAGGGAAGGUUAACUAAUUCAUGGAAAGGAGGAGAAAAAUCAAAUGAAGGUCAGUUUCAUACCUUAAUGGAACAUAAAAUUAUAUGUUAAUAUGAAAUAAAAUUAUAUUUUUAUUUCUACUUUAAAAAAUAAUAAAAUUUUAAGUUAAUGUUUAA